AUGUCUAUCGCCUCCUGGCGCGGUUCUGUACGACGACCCCUGGCUGGACCAUGUGGUCCUGAGACCGAGACCUUCCGCUGCCUUGGCUAUGGCAAGUACCACGCACUGCUGGACGGUCGUCUUCUGGUACAUGAUGUUAAGGCAGCAGAUUCCUACGCUACGUACCGCUGUCGUGUGCUACACACCCUCACCUCCACCACCGCCGCCUCCAACACCGCCAGGAUCAUCGUUCACGACCCAAGAGAGAAACAGGCGCCCAGGAUGGUCACUAAAUCCACUACUGUCAAGCUUUCGGAUACCCAGCCCAUGGUCCUGCCAUGUGUUGCCCACGCUCACCCACCCCCGGAGUACAGGUGAGCCACACACCCCCAUGGUCGUGCCCUGUGUU